CGCAGGACGGAGAUGGUGUGAAUGGAGGCAAGACGAUGUCGUCUCGCGAAGCGAUGGGGAAGAUUCAUCAUCGUUGAAAGAUCUGACUCCAGAGCAACCCACCUGUUCUUGCAUGAAUUAAAGCAGUCCUAUGCAAUUAAGCAAGCAGGAGCAGUCUCACUUCAGCGUGCCCCUGGCAAGGACCCCCUGGUGGCCACAUCCACCUUACCCAGGACAUGUACGGCAGUGCCAGGGCAGUAGGCCAUAUAGAGAGCAGCCCCGCACGGUCCCCGCGCCUGCCCAGGUCCCCCCGAUUGGGCCACCGGAGGGCCAACAGCGGGGGCGGGGGUGGUGCGGGGGGCAAGACGCUCUCCAUGGAGAACAUCCAGUCCCUCAAUGCGGCCUACGCCACCUCGGGGCCCAUGUACCUGAGCGACCACGAGGGCGUGGGCUCCACUGCCACCUACCCCAAGGGCACCAUGACCCUGGGGAGAGCCACCAGCCGGGCCAUGUACGGGGGCCGCGUGACAGCCAUGGGCAGCAGCCCCAACAUUGCUUCAGUGGGGCUGCCCCACGCUGACCUUCUGUCUUACAGUGACCUGGGCUCCCUCUCCAUGCUGCAGCACCACCACCACCACCAGGGGGUGCCGUCGGCCCUGCUGAGGCAGGCGGUGCGGAGCAGUGGGGGCGAGCUGCUGGAGAUGCAGGCCCAGUUCAGGGACAUGCAGAGGGAGAACGAGCUGCUGCGCAGAGAGCUUGACCUGAAGGACAGUAAGCUGGGCUCCUCCACCAACAGCAUCAAGAGCUUCUGGAGCCCCGAGCUCAAGAAGGAACGGAUCAUGCGGAAGGAGGAGGCCGCUCGGACGUCCAUCCUGAAGGAGCAGAUGAGGGUGACUCAUGAGGAGAACCAGCACCUCCAGCUGACCAUCCAGGCCCUGCAGGACGAGCUGCGGACCCAGAGGGACCUGAACCACCUCCUGCAGCAGGAGACGGGCCGGCCCGGGGACCACUUCUCCUCCAUCGAGCUCAACGAGGAGAACUUCCGCCGGCUGCAGGCCGAGCACGACCGGCAGGCCAAGGAGCUCUUCCUGCUCAGGAAGACCCUGGAGGAGAUGGAGCUGCGGAUCGAGACCCAGAAGCAGACGCUGGGCGCCCGCGACGAGUCCAUCAAGAAGCUGCUGGAGAUGCUGCAGAGCAAGGGGCUGGCGGGGGGCCGCGGCAUGGAGGAGGAGGAGCAGGAGAGGGCCCGACGCAUCGCCGAGGCCGAGGCCCAGCUGGGACACCUGGAGGUCAUCCUGGACCAGAAGGACAAGGAGAACAUCCACCUCAGAGAGGAGCUACACAGGAGAAAUCAGCUGCAUCAAGACCCGGGCAAAACCAAGGCUCUGCAGACCAUCAUCGAGAUGAAGGACACCAAGGUAGCGUCGCUGGAGCGCAGCCUGCGGGACCUGGAGGACGAGAUCCAGAUGCUGAAGGCCAGCGGCCUGCUGAACACGGAGGACCGUGAGGAGGAGAUCAAGCAGAUGGAGGUCUACAAGAACCACUCCAAGUUCAUGAAGUCCAAGAUCGACCAGCUCAAACAGGAGCUGUCGAAGAAGGAGUCUGAGCUGCUGGCCCUGCAGACCAAACUGGAGACCCUGAACAACCAGAACUCGGACUGCAAGCAGCACAUCGAAGUGCUCAAAGAGUCUCUCACUGCCAAAGAGCAACGUGCAGCCAUCCUGCAGACAGAGGUGGAUGCUCUGCGUCUGCGUCUGGAGGAGAAGGAGUCCUUCCUGAGUAAGAAGACCAAGCAGCUUCAGGACAUGACUGAGGAGAAGGGCACCCUAACCGGCGAGAUCAGGGACAUGAAAGACAUGCUGGAGGUCAAGGAGAGGAAGAUCAAUGUGCUACAGAAGAAGAUUGAGAACCUCCAGGAGCAGCUGAGGGAUAAGGACAAGCAGCUGGGGAACCUGAAGGACCGCGUCAAGUCCCUGCAGACCGACUCCAGCAACACGGACACGGCGCUGGCCACCCUGGAGGAAGCGCUGUCCGAGAAGGAGCGGAUUAUCGAGCGUCUAAAAGACCAAAGAGAAAGGGAAGACAGGGAACGCUUGGAAGAGGUGGAGUCGUAUAAGAAGGAGAACAAGGACUUCAAGGAGAAGAUCAACACCCUGCAGCUGGAGCUCACAGAGAAGGAGUCCAACCUCAUCGAUCUGAAAGAUCAUGCUUCCUCGUUGGCCACCUCCAGCCUGAAGAAGGACUCUAAGCUCAAGACGCUGGAGAUGGCCAUUGAGCAGAAAAAGGAGGAGUGUAGUAAGUUGGAGACCCAGUUACAAAAGGCCCAUGAGGUGGAUCACUGCGGCCCCAGAGGGACCUCGGACUACCUGGAGCGGGUGAGGCUGCUGGAGAAGGAGGUGUCCUACUACAAGGAGGAGUCGGUCAAGGCCCAGGCGGAGACAGAGCGCCUGCUGGACAUCCUGCGGGAGGUGGAGACGGAGAAGAACGACAAGGACAAGAAGAUUGCUGAGCUGGAGAGUCUGGCUCCCAGACAAGGAGGCAAAGAGCAAACUAAAAAAGGCCCAAACAUUAAACUGGGAACCAAAGGGGACAAGAAGGGCAUGGGACAAGACCUCCGCAAAGACGGUACCAUGGACCACUUGAAGCUGGAGGAGCUGAUGGGCACUCUGGAGAGGACCAGACAGGAGCUGGACGCCACCAAGCAGCGGCUCUCCUCCACGCAGCGGUCCCUGCAGGAGAGGGACGGCGUCCUCUGCAGUGUUGUCCGCCGCUCGCAGCUGGAGGAGAUCCUGGAGAUGAAACAAGAAGCCCUGCUAUCGGCUAUCAGCGAGAAGGAUGCCAACAUCGCCCUGCACGAACUAAAUGCCCCCAAUAAUAAGAAGAGCCAAGAGGAGUUGCUCUAUCUGAAGAAGGAGAAGGACAGACUGAUGCACCAGCUCAAACAGCAGACGCAGAGCAGAAUGAAGCUCAUCACUGACAACUAUGAGGACGAACACUACCACGCCAACAGCCCCCACGCCCCCCCGCCCCUCCACCCUCAGCCCCAGCCCCACUACCCCCACGCCCCCCACGCCCCCCAGACCCACUACCCCCAUGCCCCCCAGCCCCUCUACCCCCACGCUCCCCACGGACAGCACGCCCAGCCCCCGGCCCAGCACCCACACACACAGCAGCCCCCGCCGGGGCACCCGCAGCCACACCCACCGCAGCACCCACAAGGGCACCCACAGGGGCACCCCCAAGGGCACCCCCAAGGGCACCCCCAAGGGCACCCCCAAGGGCACCCACAGCACACCCAACACCCACAACAGCACCCACAACAACACCCACAACAGCACCCUCAACAGCACCCACAACAUCCCCAACAGCACCCGCAGCACCAACAGCAAUACCCUCAGCAGCACCCUCCACCCCACCAGCGCCACAGUGCUCCCCCGCCCCACCAGCAGCACCCGCACGGACCCCCCCCACAGCAGCACCCUCACCCACAGCACCCCCACGGCCCCGCUCCACAGGGGCCUCACCCCCAGCACCCGCACCCCCAGCACCCUCCGCACGCACCCAUACAUUCCCAGCACCCGCGACACCCGGCGCCGCAUCACCGCGGGGGGCCCAACCGCGGACCACCCCAUGCUGGCCACCGGCCCGCCCCCGACCAGGACGAUGAGGAGGGCAUCUGGGCAUAAUCUGUACCGGGACCACCAAAGCACCAGGAUCUGAAGGGAGGAUUGAGUCACUAUUGGAGGAGCACCGUUCUGCCAUGAUGAUAAAACACAUUGACUACCUGACCAAACCUUUAUUGAUUUCACUGAUGGAACACUUACAACGGAGCCUUGACUGGGGGAGGGACCAGGUGGACGAGCCAGGCGGCGGACACUGUCAGCUGAGCAGGCAGCAUCCUCAGUCGGGAGACACCACCUGCAGUGACAGGUGACCGUGGUCAUAGACCCUUUGAGCCCUGUUUGUGUUGCACUUCAUGUUACACCAGAGCUGUUCUCCGGGGGCAACGCGGCAGAGGGCCCGACUGCCGAGCGUGGAUCGGGUGGAUUGAGAGAGUCGCUGUGGCUCCAAACAUCAAUUCGCUGCUGGACUUCCCAAAAGGAUAGUGUGUCAGAGAAACAUAAAAAAGAAACAGAACCUUGCAUCUCUACUGCCACAGAGGCCUGACCUCCAGAUACCUGUCUGCCUGCCCAGAUACCUGUCUGCCUGCCCAGAUACCUGUCUGCCUGCCCAGAUACCUGUCUGCCUGCCCAGAUACCUGUCUGCCGCCCUCCUCUGGCCACACAGCCCUGCUACACUUCCUUCCACACAUCCAAUGACAUUGAGUCCACCCGUUACGUCCUCACUUUAUUUACCGGCUGGGGUUUGUGGCUCUGCCUGCCUCGCCCCUCACUUAGCCAGCUCCAGCUCCACCCCCGGGGGACGCCUGAUCGGCCAGGUGUCACUCACGCUCAUCUGACGUGGUGCACAGAAACCGCCCUUCCAUUCACUUAACAUUGUACUAACAAUCAGCAUACUUGCAUGACACGAUGAUGUAGUGCUGGGAGCCCAGCAGCUUAGCCUAGGAUCCACGAGGUAGAAUCCCCUUACCACUGGCGUCCGCCUUGAGCUCCGUCUGCAGAGCAGGGGGCUGGCUGAACGACCAUCCCCUGCACUUUGUGUUGGCCUUGGCUAAGGCUGCCGUCCAUCCUCAUGUUACCUCAUUUGAUUACUAGAAGCAGUUAGUGGAUUAAUCUAUGCAGAUUUUAAGUUUGAAUUUAUUUAUCUUAAUCCUUGUGAAAGGAUAUCAAUCAAAGUAUGUUUUCCAUUUCGAUCAGACUGACCAUGAGAAUGGCCAGAAGAUAUGUGUACAUUAUUCCGAUGUUUUUGGUUUCUAUGACUAUGCACCUUCACACCCCCCCUCCCUUUGUAGGAAUCUUCCUAAUGGUGCUGCUGUUGGUGCUUCACCUAAACGUUGUCUGAUGACCUGGUCAAGAGCAUCGUUCAAUUUCUGAAUAGGGACUUGAUCCCAAAAUGGGCUUCAACUAUCAACUAUUGCUGAUGAUCGAAUUGUACAUACAUAUUUAAAACAACUAAAAUGUGAACAUGAAUCAUUUAUCUGAGAGGUUAUGGUCCUCUGCAUACGAUGCCAAUAUAAAUACUGUUGUUGACUAUGAAGUGAAAGUGGUGUUUGGUAGAUAUUCUCGUAUAGGUCAAUCAUCAGCUCAUUCACCCCUAUGUUAUUCAUGUGUCAUACAGUAUAUUACCCAUUGAUGCCCAUCGCCUCCUUCCCACAGGUCCUCUCCAUGUCCUAGAUCAUCUGAGUGACCUCCCCUACCAAAAAAGUAUUGCAAACAUAGUGACUUGUUUUCUCCCUCUAAAGAUGGUGGCCUGCACCUAUUCCAGAACUGUAUACAUAUAUUAUAUAUAUAUAUAUAUAUAUAUAUAUAUAUAUAUAUAUAUAUAUAUAUAUAUAUAUAUAUAUAAAAAUAUAAAGAGAGCUCUAUAGAGUAUGUCUAUAUGUAGUUUUAAUAUUAUUCCACAAAGGAGAAAGACAUUUUUUAUGUUCCUGCUUUUAGUUCGAAGGGGUGCACUGUAAGGCAGACUUGUUAUAUAGCGAGCAUGGAGACAAAGCUCUGGGCUACAUUGUUAGAAUCUCUCUCUUGAUGUUGAAGAACAUUCCCUUUCUAGUUAUAGAAGACUGGUCUGACGCAGUCCUAUUGCUCAAGCAGCUAACAGGAAAACCACAAUAGGUGUGUACUCCAACCUAAAGUACAAAAGGCAACAUAUAGGCGUUCCGGUAGGAGCGUUGGUCCAGACCAGGGUGAGGGCUAGUCGGGGUCUGCCUGGCCCAGGGCAAACCACUCAGAAACUCAAUGGGAGCUAAGGUGGCAGCAAGAAGAAGACUACGGCCUGAUCUCUGCACGGAGGGUGAGGACUAUCCCCUUAGCAGUGUCUCUCUGGAGUUCCUGAGUGACCAUGCCUGACAGAUCAUCCACUCCCUUCCCUUUUUUUAUGCUUUGCGUCGUCGUGGUCGUGCCGUCGUGAGCAGCAGUGGUGACAAGCGUGUCCGUAACAGUAGAACUAAAGAAAACGAUGAAUAUUCCAGCGUUGUUUGACCGUAGAGUGGAAGAUUAGACUGUUAUCGCCCACCCCCCCACCAGCCCCUCAUCACAUCAUGGUGCCUGAGUGUUUCUCCUUUGAUAAUAUUGAUGGUUGUGUUUUCCACUCUUUGGUUGGAUCAGCAGGCCGCUCUCCUCCAGAUCUCCUCCAGGUCUCCUCCAGGUCCCGGUAAUCUUCACAUUGACCCACAUUCGCCAAGUCCUGUGAGUUGUUGUUCGAUCUUUGCGUUUCCAAACCAAAUUAUAAUCCGAACGGUUGUGAUUGUGAAGAAGUGAAGACGGAGCAGACAGUGGGGCAGAAGUCUCUCACGUUAACAUCGGGGGACAGAGGUUAAAUCCUACAUUUUCAGGUUCUUAUCCAGUGAAUACUUGAAGUAGGGGGUUCUCCUACCAUGAAGAAAAACCUUAUGUGAUGAACAUGGAAAAGUAAUAUUGAGCAUUUUGAGUGUGCCCAUGCAUGCCGAUUUAUACAUAUUGUGCCAUCCGAAAAAGAUUAUUUAAGGGCGACCAGUUCUCUGCAGAGCGAGAGUUGAACUGUUUAUCUGGCUCAUGGUUACGGCUCGGGGCAAGGACCAAUCAUCGUCGGAAGUGACCGGCCAGUUCUUCUGAAACACAUAUUAGUGGUAAAAAGCUUUUAGUUACACCCAAACAUUUCCACAAAGGCCUUUAGGAAAAAAACAAGAUAAGUCUAGCGCCUUUUUGUUUGUUUUUAUAUACGAGUUAUUUUCAGUUGUGUUACGCUGACAAUGAAAACCUUUGGAUCAAAGAAAUCACUGUGACCAAUGCCAGAUACAUUUAUGUUAAAUAGACCAAAUGUUUGCUUCUUUUUUUCAUUUCUGUAUUUAAGUUGUAUUUAUUUAAGUUGUAUUCUAUGCGUUCUGCUUUGAGACUGUACUAUUUGUCUAGGUAAAUGUUUUGACCUGUACAGUAAACUCUUAGGAACCAGUAAAAUGUGUGUACAGCAUGCUGAAUGAAUAUAUGUGUGAACGUGGCCUAUAAUUUCCCAUGAAGCAUCGCUCCUCCAUACAUUAAGUGCAUUGUGCAUUGUGGCGGCGUGAUGUUGUGUUUGAGAGUGCUGUGGUCCUCACCCACCUUGUCCCCUUAUUAGACAGCCUGUGCAGGUCUAUGAGAGUGCAGCAUGAUUGCAGGGUUGCUGGGGUAAAUGUUUUUUAGAGAUUUGUGUAAGUAUGUACUAGUGUGUAAGUGGGCACGCACACUCACUGCUUGUGUGUGUUAUCAAUGCAUAUGAGAAGGUAUGUCAAGUAGGGUACUAUUCCCCAAGAAGGAGGGAGAGUGAGUGGAAGGCUUGAACGAAGCAUGGACUCGGUUAUGUUGCUGUUCCUAACCACGGAGGCUGUCUGUCCGUAGUACCCGAGGCGUUUGCUAUUGUAUGUGAUGUAACAGAAUAUAACUAUUGAGUGUUGGCCAGCUCGUUUAUAUCCAUCCAAUAAAGGUGACUUUCUUUCUG